AUGUCAGCCUACGACUACCACAACUACUACGAGCCUCGCUCUCGUCACCCUCCUCCUUAUCCUCCUUCCAGCCGCCGCCGCUCCUAUUCUCCCCCCGGCUCCUCCCACCGCAGCAGCCAACCUCGUCGUCGCUCCACGGCACCGAGGUCACGACCAACACCCUACCACGAGAAGCAGCACGAGGACUGCGAGGGGAGCAAAUGCAAGGCCAUUGAGAAGGAAUAUGGCGGGUUCGGAUGGACAGAAGGCAUCGCGCUAGCGGCCAUGGCGGGCCUGGCCUUGUUCAACUAUGACAAAGCGUAUGAGAAGCAUAAGGAGAAGAGCGAGCGGGAGGACCGGGAGGCGGAGAGGCGUAGGGAGAGGGAGGAGAAGAGACGCAAGGGGGGUGCCCGACGAAGCAGUAGCAGCAGGAGGGAUGAUGAGGACUUUUAUAAGGAAGAGUCGCGGAGGGGCAGUUACGAAAGGAGGCGGUAUGAGGAGGAGGAGGAUGACUAUGAGAGAGAGCGUGACGGACGGGGGAGCAGUCGACGGGGUCACUGA